AUGCAUUCUCCUCGGACUUCACAUCUUGAUGCCGUCUAUCACAUCUUACAGUAUGUGAAGACCUCACCUGAAUUGGGUUUAUUAUAUUCAUCUAGAAUACAACCAGGUCUUUCCGUGUUUACUAAUGGUGACUAUAUUGGGUCCAAGACUGACAGAAGGUCUAUCUCAGGUAUUUGUGCUUUCAAGGGUGAUCACCUUCUUUCUUGGAAGAGUAAGAAGCUGGCGGUGGUUUCACAUUCUUCUGCUGAAGUUGAGUACCGUGCUAUGGCACAAGGUCAGGUUACUGAUGUUUUCACCAAGUCUGUUGGCCCAAGUUUAUUACAAACUACUCUCUCCAAGCUUCGACUUGUCAACGUCUUCGUUUCAGCUUAA